AAAAACUCCAAAUUACAAGUUACAAAUUUUAAUUUUUAUGAUGGAUGUUGAUUGAUGAUCAUGAUGAUCCAAAUUCCAAUUAAGCUAACCACUCCACUUUCUCUCUCUUUCAUUUCCUUUCUUUCUUUUCUUGUUGUCUCCUUUAACCCCCCUUUCCUUCUCCCUUCUCUUCACACUUUAAAUCCACGCCUAUCACCCUCCUAUGAACUUUCCCCCAAUCCCCAGUUUUUUCCCUCUUUCUUAUCUCAAUAUAUCCACUAGCUUACACUACAUGUUGACACCCUUUUCCUAAUUUUAUCCAAAUUUAUCAAAGUUUGAAUCUUUUGUAAUUUUUCUCAACUGGGUAAUCUUGAAAGAUGCCUGCUUGGUGGGGAAGAAAGUCUAAUAAGAGUAAAGAAGAACAUCAUCAUCACUCUUUAUUUAGUGAGCUGAAUUCCAAGAAAUCUUCCAUCCAUUCUGAUAAUUCUCCUACCAAAUAUAGUUAUAAAAGGUGUUCUAAAAGCUUAGAAGAGUUGGGUCAUCAUGGGAUUUUGUCCCCCAAUUUAAGGGGAAUUUCAUCUGGAAAUUCUGGUUUUGAUUCAGAUGGUGAAAGAAAAGUUGUGGGCCAUCCUCUUCCUAGACCUUCAUCAUCAAAUUAUAGUGGUGGUUUUGUUGUUAGUGAUCAUGGUCAUGGUGGUAGUAAUGGAGUAUUAGCAUCCGGGUCUGCAUCAGUUUCUAGUGUUAGUUCAUCUGGGUCUAAUUCUGAUGAUCCUCCUAUUGUUCUCGAUCAUAUUCAAUCUGGGGUUUUCAGUGGAAGAGCAAAGAGUCCGGGCCCUGGAUCAAGAGUAGCUACAGCUGCUACAUCUCCUAUUCAUCCACGGUUGGCUGGUAUAAAUUCAGAAUCUCCAACAGGAAGACAAGAAGAAGGGAGGAGUCAAUAUCAUCCCUUGCCCUUGCCGCCUAGUUCUCCUAGUAGUCCAUCUUCCUUACCUAACGGAAAAGCUGUUGUGUGUUCUGAAAACACACACAAUUCUCUAUCGAAAUGGAAGAAAGGAAGGCUCCUUGGGAGGGGAACUUUUGGACAUGUUUACCUUGGAUUUAACAGUGAGGGUGGGCACAUGUGUGCAAUCAAAGAAGUGAGAAUUGUUUCUGAUGAUCAGAAUUCAAGAGAAUCUCUGAAGCAACUAAACCAGGAAAUAAACCUACUAAGUCAGCUGUCACAUCCAAACAUCGUUAGAUACUACGGCAGUGAGCUGGCUGGAGACACACUGUCAGUUUAUUUGGAAUUUGUGUCUGGCGGGUCUAUCCACAAAUUAGUUCAAGAGUACGGCCCCUUCAAGGAGCCUGUUAUUCAGAACUAUACCAGACAAAUACUCUCGGGCCUUGCAUACUUGCAUAGUAGAACCACAGUGCACAGGGAUAUCAAAGGGGCGAACAUAUUGGUUGAUCCUACUGGAGAAAUCAAACUCGCUGAUUUUGGGAUGGCAAAACACAUAACAUCUUGCAACUCAGUGCUUUCUUUCAAAGGCAGUCCUUACUGGAUGGCACCUGAGGUAGUGAUGAAUAAGGGUGGGUAUAGCCUUGCAGUUGAUAUUUGGAGUUUGGGAUGUACAAUCCUUGAAAUGGCAAUGGCAAAACCACCUUGGAGCCAGUAUGAAGGGGUGGCAGCGAUAUUCAAAAUUGGAAACAGCAAAGAUAUUCCAGAAAUCCCGAAUUUCCUAUCUAAUGAUGCCAAGAGUUUCUUGCACCUUUGCCUUCAGCGUGAUCCGGCUGAUAGGCCCUCAGCUUCAGAAUUGCUAGAUCAUCCUUUUGUCAAAGAGCAAUCUGCAGGAAAAGUUCCCCUUUUAAAUACUACUAGUGAAACAUCUUUCUCAUUUGAUGGACGACGAAAGCCACAACCCUUAGACAUACAUCCGCGCAGAAAGAGUAUUAGUUCCUAUGAAACAGAUAACGUGCGUAGACCAGGAUUGACAAUUUGGGAGGCCAGGGAUAAUCCAAGAUCAAUUACUUCACUGCCGGUUUCACCGUCAUCAAGUCCAUUACAUAGACUGGCGCCUACCUCAAAGAGUUGUUUUCUUUCACCGCCUCCCUCGUAUGCUUGGCCCGGGCAGAGAAGCUACACUUCAACUGAUCACUCAGUAUCUCCAAUGAGAAGGCAGGCAGGAUUCACACUUGAUCCAUUGAUUGAGAGUACUCUGUUUAAGACCCAUACACCAGGUGGGUCCCCUAAUAUGCGGCUUUUCUAAAUGUCGAAGACAAAGAGUGAUAUUUUUCUACAAAAUCAUCACCUAUGUAUGUACAUAAUCGACAGAGUUUCUCAGAGGAAGUGAAGUUUGCUGCAUUCUCUCCGCCAAAAUUGCCAGCAAGUAGAACGAUAUAACCAGCAAAAAUUAGCCCAAAUAGGCGGGUUUUCAUCAUGCUGUAAAUAACUUCAUUUUUUGUAUGUAGAAAUUAUUAUGGUCUUCCUUGCAUAAGAAGUGUGUGUUUUAGUUGAAAAGGCUAAAGUGGAAUCAUCAACAUCCAGUAGUUUGGGUGGAAGAGAGAUGAAUGGCUGUGAUUAAAGCAUAUUUAUCAUGUUCAAAUCAGAUGUCAUUCAUUUUUAUAGGUUAUUUGUUGUUGUAUCAUAAUAUCUUAUUAUUAAUAUAUAGAAUUCCUUUUUGUAGCAUACUGAUUACUGCAAUAUUAUUAUGAGAUGAAACAAACACAAGCUAUAACUUUUCAUUCACCAAAUUUUG